UGUCUACGGUCCAGGCUUGUUCAGACUCUUUUCUUUACGCCCGGAGGUUCAGUCUGUAGCUACGUCAAGGAAACAGCAGCAGCGUGUGUGAGAGAGAAAAGCGAUUCAGUUUGUGGAAAGCUUCAUCACUGUUGUUAUUUUUGUUGUUGUUGUUGUUGUUGUUGGUCUCAGACUCAAUCAUGGACAGCGGACUCUGACUGACACGCACAGAUCUUCCUCACCGGGGAUUUAAACUCACCUGGAUGAACUCUGAGUCGGACCAAAGACAACCAGGACACAAAACCAGAAUAAACUGCCAGGAGCAAUGGUUCGGUCUGUAAUGUUGACAGUCUUGAUGCAUAUCCUCCUGCUUUCUCAUGGUGCUCAGUGUUCGGAGCCUGAGGAGGGAGCCUCUCUCCAUUCUGGUGCCCUGGACCUCCCAUGGCAGGAUGAGCUGUGCUGUGACUCACCUUCAACCCGACGCACUGCGGAGGGAGACGACACACACGCUCCGGGGACAAACUGCUCUGAAUCACACCACCAACACUACCCACUCUGCAGCUUCAGGGGCUCGUCAACUGAAUCACACCCUCAUAAGUCCUCUGGCGGCACCUGUUCGGGCAUACUGUGCAGAAUUGAUGAAAACUGGGAAAAUUUAACAUGUGACCUUCAGCCUCUCUUUCCACCAUCAACAACGUCAGAAUCUGGUCUCAUGGCAGUCAGUCUACAGCGCCUAGUGUCACAGAAAGACGACACAGAGGUAUAUGACGGAAAUUCUGCACCUGAUAAUCCCGUUGUCUGUGCAGCGAAGGAUUCCUUCAUGUGUUCAAUCGCUCUUGGUGCUGCAACAAACUUUGUCACCAUGGUAACCAUCAGCAUAUCCGACGCCAUUGCUCCGCCUGUUCUCCUCAGGAUUCCUGACCGACCUGUGAAACCGAGUCCUCCAGCCAACCUGUCACAUGUUCAGACCAUUGAGGCUGAACUGAUUUUACACUGGGACGACCCGUCAGACUCUGAUAUUGGUCCGCUGAGAUAUGAAGUCCGACACUCUCCCAACGUUGCUCAUCCAGCAUGGCAGGUGGUGUCUGCACCUGCAGAGCCUAGGUUAUCUCUGGAGCUGAAGCCCAGACUGAACUACACCAUCCAGGUUCGCUCCUCCGGCCUGGACGAGCCUCCAGUGUGGAGCGACUGGAGUGAACCUCACCACAUCUACCUGGACACUGUGAGCUACAUCCCUGAGAAAGUGGUGGCGCGUCCAGGGGAGAACGUAACGGUGUAUUGUGUGUUCAACGACCACAGCAUCAAUGCCAGCACGGCUAUGUGGAUGCUCAACUUCCAACAGCGGCUUCAUCGCAGUCAGUACCACCCAGUCAACCAGUGGGUCAGCCAGAUUACAGUACGUCCUUCCGAGACUCGAAUGUAUGAUCUUCUGCAGUGCACUCAGGAGUGGACCAUCCCAUACAGCCAGAUUUACGUAGAAGGAGCCUCAAUUAAUAUAAGCUGUGUAACCAACGGUGAUAUCGAUGCUAUGGACUGCAGCUGGAAGAACACACAGUGGACUAAACCCCAAUUCAGAUCCAGGUGGGCUGACCUACCAUGUGAUGUGAUGGAGGAGAGGGAAAGAGCGGGGGAGAAAGUGGGGAAGAUGGGGCCCACUUGCCUGCCGGUUCAAUCCAGGCUGAAAACCUGCACCAUCCAGCCUCUGAGGAUGAACUGCUACAAGCUGUGGCUGGAGGUGCCGUCCCGGCUGGGCCCCAUCAGGACUAAACCCAUCUACCUGACGCCCAUAGAUCAUGUUAAACCCCACACGCCCACUAAUGUGAAGGCAGUGAGCCGAAGCACUGGGGCACUGAUGGUCACGUGGGAGCCUCCGUCUCUGCCAGCUGAGGGGCUUCAGUGUCAGAUUCGGUACCACUCGCCCUCCGCUGUAAGAGUCCAGCCGGAGUGGAAGAUUCAGAAACCAGUGUGGAUUUCGUGGAUGGAGGUUGCAGUAUCGGACAUGUGCCGGGUGUAUGUGGUACAAGUACGCUGCAUGCACACCAACGGCACCGGCUAUUGGAGCGAAUGGAGCGAUUCCGUUUACUCGACGCCUCAGAACAGCAGAGCUCCUGAGCAUGGCCCUGACUUCUGGAGAGUCCUCCAAGAUGAUCCAUACAGGAACCAGACUAAUGUAACUCUGCUAUUUGAGCAUCUCCAAAUAUCAGGGCGCUCUUACUGCGUAGAUGGAUUUAUAGUCCAGUACCAGGCGUCCAGUAGCUCUGUGAUCAGGGAGCAGAUCGAGCUGGCGUCGUCCCACAGCUUUCAGUGGGACCAAGAGCUCCAAACUGUGACAGUGGAGGCCUACAAUAAUCUGGGGAGCUCCACUAACAACAUCAACAUGACGCUGGAGAGACAACCCAAACGCCGCUCUGUGCGUUCUUUCAGUGUGUUGGUUAUCAACAGCACCUGUGUGUCUCUGUCCUGGAGUCUGUUGGACAACAGCUCUGUCCCUCUGUUCAUGGUGGUCCAGUGGGCUCCACAGAGGCAACAGGACUCUGAUCAUCACAAGAGCCGGAGUGGGGAAACAUGGGCCAGACUGCCCUACACAGACCGCCCCAUCUAUCUGAGAGGUGAUUUAUUAGGCUCUGAGCAGUCUGGCUUCUACUUGUACCCAGUGUUUGCUGAUGGAGAGGGGGAGCCAAUGUACGCUAUGGUUUCAACCACCAGAGGGGACCCUGCAGCCUACAUGCUGUUGAUGAUCAUCUCCUUCCUCGCCAUUGUCCUGUUUGUCACCCUGAUCCUCUCCCAAAACCAGAUGAAAAAGUUUGUGUGGAAGGAUGUGCCCAACCCAAACAAGUGCUCCUGGGCCAAAGGACUAGACCUCAAAAAGGCUGAAACCUUUGACCACUUGUUCCGACCUCAAGAAGGCCUGUCAGCCUGGCCGCUGCUCCUGCCGUCUGAGAAUAUUUCCAAAGUCGCCAUAGUUGACAGUACCGAUCUCUCAGCUCUGACCACAGCUUUAGUCCAAGCCCCACUUGUGUCCCUAACACCCGACCCAGCCACUGUCUUAUCUCUCUCGCUUCCUCCAGGGUUUGACUCGGAGGUCAACCAAUUCCAGGCCAUGGAGAAGGAGGGGCUUAUAGGUGGAGCUCCUUCUUUAGCUCCCAGUCUGGAUGCUUUAGUCAGUUCAAGACCAAGAGUAGAUCAGUUACAGCUAGACGAUCUCCCAGCAGACCAGCCCCCAGGCCUCAAUGACAGCUCUGCUCAGUCUUCAGUCACAUAUGCCACUGUGCUGCUCUGUGAUCUGAAGCAGGAGCAGCAGCCCAUUCAUCUCCACUACAAGGAUGGCAGCGGCAGCAGCUCCAGCGACGAGGGCAAUUUCUCUGCCAACAACUCUGACAUCUCUGGAUCUUUCCCCGGUGGCCUGUGGGAGCUGGACAGCUGCCGAGGUGGAGAGACGGACGACCCGCGGCGCUCCUGCUCCUACAACUCUGUGGAGGAGCUUUCUGAAACGUCAGAGCAAGAAGAUGAAGAAGAAGAGGAGGUGAGAGAGGAGAAAGACUUGUACUAUCUUGGAAUGGACUAUCCAGCAGAGGAUGAGGAAAGCGAGGAAGAUGAGGGGCUGAGAGAAGAAGAGACAAAUAUCAAGCUGCUUAAAAAUGUAGUUUUGAACAGAGAGGACUGUUCCGUGGAGUCGCACCCUUUGCUCGUCCCUGAGGGCUCGAGCGUGCUGCUGUCAGUUUCAACGCAAGACUUUUCUCCUCUUUACCUGCCUCAGUUCAGAACUACUCUGUAUACGAGGCAACUCAAAGCUCAACCACAAGAGGCAAACCCCAGCUGUGACUCUCGCACAGAUUGCAUAUAAAUGAAAAUGUGCGUCUUUAAAUCACUCAUGUCAUUGAAAGUGCCAUGAUUCAGCAUUUACCAAAGCAGAUUUGCACAUGUUCCUUUAGACACAGUGAGGUGAAAUGUAAAUAAAAUACAUGACCAAUGUGUGAUUGCAAAUUGAUGUUCAUCAAUGCUGCUAUUAUGUGUUGUGGGAGAAGAGGUCAGGAUUGCACAAUCCUCAUUUAUAGACACUUAUUUUUUUGAAAGCCAGAUUCAACUGUGCCACAAUGGUCCUCUGCACUCGGUAAGUGAUGCAGAAGCACCUGCUGAGAAAUCUGAACCAUUUAAAUGGAGUUUAGGCAAGUGGAGCAAUGCACAGUCCUCACAGAGAGCAGCAUGCAGACUGUACAAGCAGUGCAUUGGUAAGGAGGGGAGUAAUAGAGGUGGUAGUCAUCUUGUGGCAUAAAACAUAAACAUGCAUACAAACAGCAUAUGGGAUAUAUGGUCAUACAUUUGAUGCAAUUUAAAAAAAGAUGUGAGAAUGCUUUGUGUGCCUACAUUCACUCAUCUGGUGCCACUGUAAUGUAGAAAACGAAUUUAAUUCUAGAAGAAUAGAUAGGGAGAGAGAAAAGGCUCAUAAUCUGCACAGUUUUGGCUCAUCAAAGCACAUUGAACUGUGAAGGUAAGGCAAACCUUGGAUGUCACAUCAAAGCUAUCAGUGUGAAUAUUUAUAAUGCAGGUUAAUGAUGCAAACAGAUGUAGUCUGUGUGUGAUGGAGGUGAUUAUUGAACACAGAAUUUACUGCAUUUUUAAUCAGCCUGCGCAACAACAUCUGCAUGCACUAACCCACCCACCAACCCAAAGAAUGUCUUUUUGUAGUUUGUGUUGUAAUGUUUUUGAAACUUUGUUACAGUUUGUUAGAAAUGUGACAUCAUUUUCUUUUUCUGUGUUUGGCCAUUAAAAUAAACACUGGCUUUCUGGUGAAAAAAAAAAAGACAAAAGAAUGUAUCUUUGAAACAAGAAGAAGACAGAAUUUAAUGUAUUGAAAAUAUUGCUUGACAGAAAUUGUAUAUUGAGAUAUUCCGUCUAUUUUUCAUUGUGAAAAUAAAGUGUUUAUUGUGAAGU